CGGAGGAAAAUGUCUCCCCUCCUUUCUUUAUCCACCUGCAGCUCUUCUUUAAGAUCCUGAUGAAGCAGCAGAGUUUCUCUGAGGAGGAGGAGGUGAAGCAGCUGGGUUCUGGUUCUGGUUCUGGUUCUGGUCCCGGUCCUGGUUCUGUCUGCUGCACCUGCCUCUGUUAAAGCAGCAGGACAGACGGAGGGAGGAAAGGGAAGCUGGGAUGUGGGAGGCAGGGGGCAGAGAGGAGGAGGAGGAGGGAUGAAUUAAUCCAACCUGAACCAGAGCCUGAUGAUCAACACUCAAACCGGCAGCAUGGAGGGACACAAGAGGAGCGACUGGUCCUCCAUCAGGAAGAGAAGUUUCACUUUUGGUGCUUACGGCGGUGACGACAGAUUCACAUGUGGAGAUGAGACGAGAGCUGAACCUGCAGGGAACAACAUCCUGAACAUCCUGGAGUCUCCAUCCAGAGACAGCCAGCCGGUGCCUCCGUCCAGCAGCAGGGACACGGAGCUGUUUGAGAUCAUUGAGAAACUGCAGGGCAGCAGGAUCGAUGAACAGCGCUGUGAGUUCCCUCCGCCUCUGAAGUCUCAGCUCCUGACCAUCGCCGGAGAACUUCCGCUCAUCCUGCUGUCCAAGUCCGGAGGCUACUGGACCGAUCCUCCUGUGGAGAGGCUGGUGGACGUCAGCCCCACCUCCUCCCAUCACGGCCUGGAUCCAGGAUGCUACGACAUCAUGGAGAGGGACGGCGAGGCCAGGAACUACCAGGACUUCUUCCGGUCCAGAUACCACCACUCGUUCACUACAGUGGAUCCAGCUCUGGGCCCCCUGGUUCUGUCGGUGUGUCUGGAAGAAGAGGAGAACAAACUACGGGUCAUACUCAGGAUGAAGGAAUGUUCUCUGCAUGGAGUUUUCUCGUUGUCUCUGUUCCCAAACAUCCCAUCUGCUGUUGAAUUAGCAAAGAUGCUCUGUGACAGAGUGACUGUCUCCAAGUUCGAUGUGGUCGGAUACCUGAAGGCUCCAGAACUUAUCACCACGUUUGACGAACAUCGAGUUUCUCCUAAUUUCAAGUUUGGUGUUUUGUACCAGAAGGACGGCCAGCUCACUGAGGAGGAAAUACUGAGCAACAACCAGGAGAGUGAAGAGUUUAAAGAGUUCUUGUCUGUUCUGGGAGAAACCAUCCAACUGCAGGGAUUCACACGCUUCAGAGGAGGUCUGGACGUUUCUCACGGUCAGACGGGAACCGAAGCCAUUUUCACGUCUUUCCACGGUAGAGAAGUCAUGUUUCACGUUGCCACCAAGCUGCCGUUUACAGAAGGAGACCCACAGCAGCUGCAGAGGAAAAGACACAUCGGUAACGACAUCGUGGCUCUGGUCUACCAGGAGGGUGGGACUCCUUUUCUGUCCGACGUCAUCAAGUCUCACUUCCUGCACUGUUUCCUGGUGGUCCGGAGGAUCCAGAGGGCCGAGGAGGCCGGAGGAGCUGCUUAUCAGGUGUCUGUCACGGCCAGAGAAGAUGUUCCUCCCUUUGGUCCGGUUCUCCCAGAUCCUCCCAUCUUCACAGACCGUUUCCAGCUGAGAGAGUUUCUUCUCACCAAACUCAUCAACGCAGAGAUUUCCUGCUACAAGGCCGAACAGUUCAGCAGACUGGAGCUUCGUACUCGUUCAUCGCUUCUGGAGAGUUUGCAGUCUGAGCUCUUCAGUCGUUCCCAGGUUAUGAUGGGAGAUCCAUCUCUGGCUCCUCUGCCGUCUGAAGGAGUCCGAGGAGCAUCUGAAGGAAGUGGAGGGUUCAUUGAAAACUUUAAGAGAGCCAUCAGAGUUCGGAGUCAUUCCUUCGAGACUCUCGGGGUUCAAAGAAAGAUAGUUGGAAACGCAUCGCAGAGACUGAAGACAGAGAAAGAAUGCGACAGUGAUAAACCUCCAGGACUUCCGUCUCUCUCUGACUCUUCAGCUGAACUCAAAGAUCAAACGAGUCCUCAAGAAGAGACAUAAAUGACAAUAUUCAUGUGUAGAUUUAUAGACAUAAAUAAAUAUGAAUAUAGAGA